AUGGCCCUCUCUCCGCUGUUGAUCGAGGUGUGGGUCGAGUACGCCGUGGGCAUGGGCGUCCUGCUCCUCCGCUUCUACGCGCGCUGGAAGACGGUCGGGCUGCGGAAAUUCUGGAUCGGCGACCUGUUCGCCGGCCUUGCCGUCCUCAUCUGGACGGUCGAGACGACGUUCAUCUACCUGCUCCGCACAUACGGCAACACGGUGGGCCUGACGCCCGAGACGGCGCUGCAGGUGCCGGACAGCGAGGUGGCGCGGCUGACGCUGGGCUCCAAGCUCGCGUUCAUCAACUGGAUCUUUUACAUUUCGUUCAUCUGGUGCCUGAAGGUGGUGCUGCUGUCGCUGUACCAGAAGAUCACCAUGAAUCUCUGGCAGCACAAGCUCAUCAAGUACAUGUAUGUUUUUACGGCCAGUACUUGGCUGGCUUGCAUCCUCUGCCACGUCCUCAUCUGCGUGCCGGUGCACCGCAGCUGGCAGGUGAAGCCAUAUCCGGGCGACGAAUGCACCAUCCGACGAGUCGACUACCCCGUCAUCGCGGCCCUAAACGUCAUCACCGACCUAGGCAUAAUGUCGAUCCCGCUGCCCAUCCUGUUCAUCGCCAAAAUCCCCCUCCACCGCAAACUCAUCCUCGGCCUGCUCUUCAGCUCGGGCAUCUUCGUCAUCAUCUGCACCAUCGUGCGCGCCUACUACUCUCUGCGCAGCACGCAAGACCUGCAGACGGCGCUGGGGUGGGCGUCGCGCGAGACGUGCGUUGCGGCUAUUGCCGUCAGCGCGCCGAGCAUCAAGCCGCUGUUUAAUGGCCGGAGGUGGUUCAAGACGGGGUCCGGGUCCGGGAGUGCGAGUGGGGCUGGGUCGGCCAUCCGCAGGACCGCGGGCGCGAGUGUCGCGUCUACCCAGGCUACGGCAGUCGAGAGGGGCGCCUCUCUCGGGGGGGCGCCGGGCACGAAGCACGAGGCUCUGGACAUGGGCAUGGGCAUGGGCAUGGCGGUGGCGCCCAUGGCACCGGCGCGCGUGAGCCAGUGGGACGCGUCGCCCUCGCCAUCGUCUGCCUCGGCCUCGCCCUCCGCCCACGCCGACGACGCCCACGGCUCCACCAGCAAAGCCAGCAGCUUGGCUGCGCCGCCACCACCGAUGGACCCUCACCCCGGCACGGCGGCCAGCCCGAGCGCGAGUAUUGUCGGCAGCGCGACGAGUAUGAACACGAGUGUGAGCAUGAAUGGGGGAGGGGGCGGGAGUAGCGUGGGCGGCGAGUAUGGCAGUGUUAGUGCCAGGGGAGUGCACGAUCUUGGUGAUGAUGACGAUGACGACGACGGUGGUGGUGGUGGGAGCGUGUACAGCGGUAGCGUGCGUCGACGUCGAGGCGAGGAGGGAGACGACGAGGAGGGGGGUUAUGGCGGUGGUGAUGAGGGGGAGGAUGAAGACGAUGAUGAGGAUUUUGGGGAUGGGGACGAUGAUCAAGAAGCUGCUGGCGCACGUGGAGGUGGCGGCGGACGGAUGAGCUAUCUUGAGGCGCUGAGGCUGGGGCCGCCGGGUCUCUGGGUUAGGGGGGUGGGUGCGGGUGGUGCUGGUGACGGGAGAAGGUGGCGAGACUGAGGCUUGCGAAGGGUAUGGUGGGCGUGGGCGUGGUAAUGUGUGUGCGUGUUCAGGAAGGUGCAAGCAUGUGUGAUACGAUACCUACUUACAACUCGGCACGGACGAGGUGUACUGAUAGCAACGGAAGCGUCUGUUUUGUUUUUGUUUUGUGUAUUGUAGGUAGUACGGUGUGGUGUGGUAUGGUCUGCUGUGUCUUGGUGUGUUGAGCGGGUAUAGCAUUGCUGGUAAGCCAUACGUAGUAUAACAUACAUAGCUUGCAUAUUAG